AUGUUUGUGCGAAGCUCGGUUAGGUUGCGCACAAAUUCAGUGCAGUUCAGUUCUGCAAAACAAAGAUUAAAGAAUUAUAUUUUUCCCGUAAUACGAAGUGAAGAUUGUGUUCAGAAAGUUAUUUCCGGAUGGGGUCCUGGUGGGCAAAAGGUAAACAUGACAAAAAAUGCAGUAACAAUCAAGCAUGUACCUACUGGUGUCGUUGUUCGAGUCCAUCAGUCAAGGCUUCUGCAAGAGAAUAUUGAGAUUGCUCUGGAAAGGUUAAAACAUGCAGUAGAUCGACAUUUGAACGGCGAAAAUUCAUAUGAUGCUCAAUUGGAACGAAUGGAGCGUGAACGAGGUGCAAAAAAUAAAAGGAAGAGGGCAGUUAUACGUGAAAUGAAAAAAAUAUAUGCUCAAGAGCGAUGUAAUUCUGAUAGUGAUGAAUUGGAUGUGAAUCCUAUAUAA